UCCUUCUCUCUCUCUCUCUCUCUCUCUCUCUCUCUCUCUCUCUCUCUCGCUCUCUGCGUUGCAGCAAAGGAUAGCCCUCCUCCAGGUUUCAUGGCGAAAGCUUCGCUUAGAUUUGUCCUUCCUCUGAUGGCACUUUUCAUCCUUCCUAUUGUCCAAGCAAAAGAAGUCGAAUACUGUGAUAAGAAGGGAAAUUAUUUGGUUAAGGUGAGUGGAAUGGAGGUGGACCCAGAUCCAGUGGAAAGGGGCAAGCAGGCGACAUUUUCGAUUUCUGCAUCAACUGAGGCGCCAUUAUCCGAGGGGAAAUUGAUUAUUGAGGUGUUCAUUUUCGGGAUACAUGUCCACUCUGAAACACAUGAUCUUUGUAGUGAGACAUCUUGCCCAAUAGCAUCAGGGAACUUUGUGCUUAAACAUGCCCAAGUGCUGCCAACUUACACGCCUCCAGGCUCUUACACACUUAAAAUGAAGAUGUUGGGCAGCGACGGGAAGCAACUAACCUGCAUCAACUUUGGCUUCAGCAUAGGAUUUGGGGAAUCUAUUGCUGAUAUUUAAUGCUGUGCCUGCUCAAAGCAACAAUUACCUUACCUCUCUCUCUCUCUCUAGUAUCGGAGGCUUCAAUGACUUUGUGAAAGGUGGCUAUUCAACGGGCAUCUCCUUGUUCAUGGCACUGCUUAUUUACUUGUAAAAUACAAUCGGUGGUAGCUACUUCUGGUCAUUCUCGUUCCUCAUGUGUGAGAUACAAUCAUUACAUAUCAAUCAAAGCACUUAUUACAUAAUAUUAAAGUAGGACAUUUGCUGGUGGAAAAGGAGCUCCUGCUUUGUAAUGUUCUCAUUGUUAAUUGUUUCUUGUUCUC